AUUCUUAACUUUGUAGCAGUACAAAAUGCUAAGUAUAUGUAACGUAUGAGCGACCUAAUUCACAAAAUCAAUUUCGUGAGCAAAAUAUCACAUCUGAUAAAUGCAAGUAUAAAUAUGAUUGUGAGGACUCUUUCUUCUAUACGUAAAGCGAGAUGGCUUAUAGAAUCUUCGUUUUUGUACUCGUUGUCAGCACAACUGCCAGUGCUGAAUCAAUCUCCAGUAGAGUAAUCGGAGGGAAGGACGCCGAAGACAAUGCCUUUCCUUAUCAAGUAUCUAUACGAGUACAGGGUUUUCAUAUUUGUGGAGGAUCAAUUAUUAAUAAACAAUGGAUUUUGACAGCAGCUCAUUGUCUUCGUAAUCCUAUUGAUACAUUUGUAGUAGUUGGCAGUAACAGUAUUCUAUCAGGUGGCAUAUCGUAUGGUGUGAAAGAAAUGAUUAUUCAUUCGAAGUAUAGUGUUAACCCUAUUAUAAAUGACAUUGGUCUGAUAAAAAUUUUUGGAAAAUUUGAAUAUUCUAAUGCAGUCGCUCCUAUUCAACUUCCAGAUAAAGACAUCGAUGAGACGAAUUGUACUGCAAUAUUCACUGGCUGGGGAGAAACCAAGAAUACGGGUGGAAGAGAUAAUUGGUUGCAAAUAAUAAAUCUAAAAAUUGUUGAAUUGCCAAAAUGUCGAAUGAUAUAUCAAUCGGUUAAAAAUACCAAUAUUUGUACAGAUAAUAGCCAUACACACGGUGUUUGCUAUGGUGAUUCUGGUAGUCCACUCGUUUUAAACGGUGUACAGAUUGGUUUGGCCUCUUGGGUUACACCGUGUGCUAAAGGAUAUCCUGACGUCCAUACAAGAAUUUACAGUUAUAUAGAUUGGAUCAUAUCACAUAUUAGCUAACUUUGUAUUAACGAAGUAAAAUCCUUCAGAAUUGAUAUCGUUCCUAUCCAUUUGACAACCAGAAUAAUAAAAUUCUGCGCGAACUGAUUAAAAACUGACUAUAAUCUUUUUAUUAGCAUUGAUCGAAAAAAGAUAAUUAUUAUAGAUAAGUAUAAUAAUUAGUUGAUCGAAAAUCGAUCAUGUUUGGAUAUUUGUAAAUUUUUAUCGAUAACGUAGCAGUAAUCUAAAGUACUAUAACAGGUGUUUGCUAAUCCGUUUUUAUCUUAUAUCGUGUACUCAAAAAUUUAUUUAUAUCUUACUACCAAUAAUAAAUGUUUAUUAAUAAUAGAAACAAUGUAUUCUUUUUAAACGAUUAUUACUACCUAUUUCUCUUUAGACGUGCUUAUAAUAAAUAGUUUAGUAUGUAAAUGCGCAUAACGAAAUAGAAUUGAUAAAAAGAAAUCUCGAGAUAUGAUAAUCUUAAGGGUUGCCUUUUGGCUCUACAUGAUAAAAGCUUUCG